AUGUGUGUGUUUCUCGACGUUUCGCUGUCUCUCUGUCUCUGUCUCUGUCUCUGUAUCUCUGUAUCUCUCUCUGUCUCUCUGUCUCUCUGUCUCUGUCUCUCUCUCUCUCUCUCAAACUCUCUCUGUCUGUCUCUCUCUCUCUCUGUGCUUUUCCUUUCCUGGGCGUUGGCUGCGCCGCUAGCGGCUGACCACGCCUUGGUCUUAUCUGAUACGCCUGCUGUGGCAGAGGAGGUGCCUGCGCCUCCAGCUCAUGCAGCCGAGGCCGAUGGCUCUAUUCCCCUGUUUGUGCCUUCCCACGAGUGGCAGCCCGUGCUCGAGGGCCAGAGCAUUCCAGCUGGACUGCAGGUCGAGUUUGACUUACAAAAUGGGGGCAAACGCGCACGCCUGCUUCCUGGUCACACUUACAAGCCUGCCUCCAAGCCCGGUGCCCCGGGUGACGAGGCGGAGACGGAUGUAAACCCGGCCCGACGCCCGGGGCUUUUGCUCUCCGACCAACCUGCCGCAGAAAGCACGGUCGCACGCGCCGUCACUGGCUUGCGCGCCAGCGCCAACGCCGCCACGGACCAGGGACCCAUCGUCCUCGAUGAUCGAACCAAAACUGCCUUGCGUGAGCUGUCAGAUGACCCGCAAGGGGUCAAUUCGCGCUUUGACAAUCUCAGCCCAGAGGAGGCCCGCCAACUCACCGACUACAUGCAAAAGCUCUAUGCCAAGAUGAUGCGCGACGAGGGUCAUGAACUGCAAACCCACAUUCAACACCUCCAAGCCCUGCAGUCCACCUUGGUGGCCUCUGCCAACGCUUCAGAAGAGGAAAUGCUUGCAUCCGUGCCUGAUAUCCUCAACGUUCUGGACGCCAUCGAGGACCUCAUCCAUCAAGGGGACAUGGGGCGGGACCUGCACAAGCUGGGAGGUCUGACGCCGCUCGUGCAGCUCCUCAUGCUGCCCACCCAUGGCUCAGCUCCCACUGCGUUGGUCCGCUCAAGUUGGUACAAAGUGGCUGCACGAAGUGCCACCGUGCUUGGCGCCGCCAUGCAAAACAACGCCGAGGUACAAAGCCAGGCCCUGGACAAUGGUGCCCUUUCCGGUCUUUUGGAGCUCUUGCGACAUCGCUGCGCUGCCACCACCCCUGUGGUGUGCGAGCUCCUUCACAAGCGCACUCUGUUUGCCCUCGCUGCGCUGCUUCGCCACCAUGCCAAUGCCACGACCAUGUUCGUGGCAGAUCAUGGCCUGGAAUCCGUCAUGGCGCUGUGGCAGCAACUACACGCCCUCGACACGGCCGACGCCGUCGCGUCUCGCUCCCACAGUCUGACGCAAAAAUUGGCCACCUUGUUGACAGACUUGCUCCUCUUUACUACCAAGGCAAGCAUGCCUGCCACGGAUCACGAGAUGGAGCGGCUGGAGUACCUCAACACCAAGCGGGGUCUGGUUGCCGAGCUUACUCUUGCUCAAAACAUCAAGCGCCUCGGGGCAUGUGAUAUGAUCGAGACCAACUUGGGUCAACCCGAUGUCACCUUUGCGACUCUGGAGGCCUUUGCCGAGCUCCGCCUCAUCCUUGCCGACGUGUGCAACCCCCUGGCCCUCUCGGUCACCACUAAUCUGCGCCGCAUGCAGACCGAUCUCGACCCCACGGACGAGUAUGAGGGUGACUUGGCCCGCCUUUUGGCUGCCACGCUCACUGCUUGAACCCACCAUGAUGUGAGCGUUUGUCACACCGUUGGUGUGGGCGCAGAGAGUGUUCUUUUUGACAUGAGGUUCUUUACAAUCGAUAAUCAGACUGGC